CACAUUUUCAUUGAUCACUGAAUGAAUCGCCGUUUGGUUAGGCACAAAACUCACCAUCACGAAAACAAUAUUUCUGCGUUUUAAUACCGCGCAACCGAUUGAACCACGCUAGAUUGGGAAAAGGGAGAGAGAAACAGAAAACUAAAAAAAAAAAAAAAGAAAGAAAGAAAGAAAAAACUUACACAAAAGGGAGAAAUGAUGAACAAGCCUUCAGUCGCACCCCACCGCAAGCGCAAACGCACCCCCUCGGACCCAGUCAUCAACCCUCUCUCUCACCCCCCGGACACUCUCAGGCAAUUCGCCAUCGCCGGCUACCCGAUCCACAAACCGGUCCCGUCCAAAGCCUAUCCGGGCUUUCCUCACCGCGCCCCGCGGCCCCAAAGAGCGCACGGUGGUAGCGGCGACGACGACGACAACAACGACAACGACCACAGAAAUGACGGCGGUGAUGGCCACCUGGACAAUACCGAUGCCGACGCGGGCCCGGCGUCUCGAUCUCGAUCCGCCGCCGCGGCAAGCGACGCCGAUGGCGAACAGGAAGACGACGACGACGACGAUGGAGGGUGGCGGACGACCGACGGCGAGACCACCGAGGCCGAGACGGACCGCUCUCGCGGCGGCGCCACCACGGACGGCGGGAGGGAGUCGAAGCGCCACGGAACGGGGAAAGGGACGGGGACGGGGAAGGGAAAGGGGAAGGGGAGGGAGAGCCGGGGUGGUGGUGGGGAGGUGGACCGGCUCGCGCAGGCCUACCGCGCGCGCGUCGGGUGGCUGACGGCCGUGGUGCGGCGGUGCCUGGCCGAGGGGGACGUGGCGACGGCGAAGCGGGCGUUUGGGCUGCUGGUGCGGGCGCGCGUGUACGGGCGCAAGGUGGAUCUGCGGCGGGAGCGGUACUGGGAGAUGGGCGCCGAGAUCCUGAUGCGCGAGGGCGAACGGACGGCCAGGCGGCGGGAGCUGCCCGGGAGGGAAGAGGGCGGGAGCGAUGCGGAGGGGGGGUUAAUGGAGGAGGAGGAGGAGGAGGAAGAAGAAGAAGAGGAAAACGAGGAGGCCAGGGCCGCGAGGUUCGCCCGCCUCCGGGCGUACUACGAGUACCUCAUCCAACAGUACCCGUAUAGCAAGCAGCAUCCCGGCACCGCUAGCAGCGUGAUGGAUUUCCAGGUGGCCCUGUUCAGCGCCGAGAUGGAGGAGGCUCACGCUGCGCACAGGAGGGGCCUGGAGAGGCUGCAGCGGGGCGAUGGGUGGGACGGAGAGGGUGAUGAUGAGGAGGUGGUGGCGGAGGAGAAGGAGGAGGAGGAGGAGGACAUGGAUGUGGAUGAGCCGAUGAUGGACUACGGCCCGGCAAGACACAAAACGGGCCGGGAGCAUGAAGGGGAGGAACACCUGCGAGGCCUCAGCCGCCGCGAGCUCCGGCUGCGCGACAAGGAAAACCAUCUUCGGCUCGAGGCGCUCCGACGCAUGGAAGACGUCGCGCAGCGGAUGGACACCGUCAUGGAGACGUUGCCGUUCGCUCGGGACCAUGAGCUGCUCAGGUUGAGGGCCAUGGUAGCGCUCUACAUUGGAGAUCUGUGCGUGCCUCCCCCACCGCGGUCAACGCUGGAGGAGGAGGAAGGUAAAAAAGCACGGGCUGGUCAGCGCAUGAAAGCGAAACGCCUCUUGCGCCAGAUCAAGGAGGCCGGCGGAAGGCUAAGGGAAGAUGGCGAACAGCUUCUCGAGUCUCUGGUGUCGGAUGACGAGGAUGACACUCCAGACGAGGGUCAAUCGGUGCUCCCCAUGUUCUCGUCGAUGCAAGUCUGACAGGGUCGCCGCCGACGGCUAUCGUACAGUCUCGAUAUGUAACAAUCAACCACU